CCUUGUCAUCACUUUUCAUCUCAACCAGCCGUCCCAGCACAUACGCGACGCACGCGCCACACUUGACACGGCUUGGUGGCGUGCAAUGACCAUCGACCCAGCUCUCAGCCAGAAAGAGGGCAACAACAGCAUGCCACCCGACCUCGACAACGCCGAGGGCGGUGAUCGCGAGAUGGUCCCGCGUGAAGCCGGCCCCACUGAUGGUGGCAAUGAGUACGUCCAGCAGUGGCAGCAACAGGUCUUCGAUGAUGCAGGACAAGGAUCACCGGCUCCCCUCACCGGCGCAUCGGGAGAAGAAGAGGAUGAACAGCUUGGCGACACCAGUUCUGAGCAGAGGCAGUUGACUGAUGCCGCCGACGCUGAGGCCAUGGAGCGCGAGAAUGAGGAACGUCUCGCCUUUGAAGAAGAGGUACGCUGGAUGGAAGACACCAUCGAGGGCUUGUGCGCCUAUCAGAUCAAGUCUCGCAUUGGAGAGGGCACCUUCUCGACCGUCUACAAAGCCCUCGACGUGCACCACGACUGGUACGACAACUCGCAAUGGACUCAUCACACCCCUCGUCCACCCCGCAUCGCCCCCAAUGGCGACCUCGUCAACACCAAGGUCUACGUCGCUCUCAAGCGCAUCUACGUUACUUCCUCUCCAGAGCGCAUCUUGAACGAGCUCGAGAUCAUCGAAGAGCUCAGAGAGUGCCCGCACAUCUCGUACUUGGUCACCGCCUUUAGGACCGAGGAUCAGGUCGUUGCGGUGAUGCCCUACAGCAAGCAUGAUGACUUCAAGGACUUCUAUCGCUCCCUCCCCCUCUCAGGCAUCAAGUCUUACUUCCGCUGCCUCUUCAACGCGCUCGCCUCAACCCACGCCAUCAACGUCGUCCAUCGAGACGUCAAGCCUGCCAACUUCCUCUUCGAUCCACGCACGGGUCACGGGGUCCUCUGCGACUUUGGACUGGCAGAGCGCUUCGACCCUCGAGACUGGAAGGGUAAAUGCCACCACACCUGCCCCACCGCGGAGAGGCCUAGGGGAACGGUAGCGAUCAACAAGGAGACGUACAGCGUGCAUACGCAGCCGGGAGGUGAACUAGCCAGGCAGGUUGGCACGCCUCAAGGAUCGAGCGCGCGCAAGGGCUCCUCGACGCCAUCAAGCAUGGGACCUCCGCAAAAGGUUGAGCGCGUCGGCGUACGCGAGAAUGAUCCUCGUCAAGGUGUACGUGCCAAUCGAGCGGGCACUCGCGGCUUCCGUGCUCCCGAAGUCCUUCUCAAGUGUCAAGACCAAACUGCCGCUCUCGACGUCUGGUCUGCCGGAAUCGUCUUGCUCGCUUUCCUCACAAAGCGCUUCCCUCUUUUCAACGCCAACAACGACACCGAGGCUCUACUGGAGUUGAUGGUCGUCUUUGGCAAGAGCAAGCUGAGUCGCUGUGCUCUGCUACACAAUAGGACGUGGCAUUGUACUGUGCCUGUAGAGAGGCCCGAGGGCUACCGUGUCACCGAGUUCGUCGAAAAGCUCAACCCUUCGAUCCUGGCCGCGCCAGAGGGUCAUCCAGACCCACAGGGCUACGACAACGACAUCAAGAUGGCGAUGGAUCUCUGCCGCGUUUGCUUGCAUGUCGACGUGACGCGCAGGUGGACUGCGGAGGAGUGCUUGGAUCACGGAUUCCUAGUUGAGAAUGAGUGAGGAGAGAGGUCGAAAGAGCAGAGGCCGGGCGUGCAGGAGAAUAGCGCAGAACGGCAAGCCGAAGAAGAGGUCGGCUCAACAAGAGCAUCAACAAGCAGAGGAGCAAUCCUCAGCAAUACCAUCAACGCAUCGCCACGAAGCUCAGCACGGCAAGAAGAAGAGCACCACAACAACCGCCUCCGCCACAACGUCCCAUCAUCACCAUGUAGCACUACGUAGCCUCGGGUCCCGCCUUAAUCACAGACAGAGACAAGCGAGCGGCAAAGCAGCAAGAGCAACAGCAGCGAUGCCUUCGUCGUCGUCCCCAUCAUCACUGUCCUUUCUUUGUCACCUAGCAAGCAUAUACCAAGUACAAUCAUCC